AUGCCGUCGCGCGUGUUGAACGCGCGCGCGGGCAGCGAGGUGACCGUAGCUGACAGCCCGCUCGCGACGUUCGAGUCGCUCACGCAAGCUGCCGUCAUCGCUGUCAUGGGCGUAGCCAUCGUCGUUUCCAACCUGCUAAUUAUAGCUGCUUUCCUAAACUUCAAAGGUCUAUCGAACGAGGUUAUCAACUAUUAUCUCCUAUCGUUAGCUGUAGCAGAUCUGUUAUGUGGACUUUUCGUCGUUCCUCUAUCUGUGUACCCCGCUAUCACUGGACGAUGGAUGUUUGGGGACCUGAUGUGCCGCCUGGUCGGCUAUGUGGAAGUGACCCUGUGGUCCGUCUCUGUGUACACAUUCAUGUGGAUCUCAGUGGAUCGGUACCUUGCCGUGAGGAAACCUCUCCGUUAUGAGACGGUUAGUGCGACGGUACAAACUCGCACCCGAAGUCAAUGCUGGAUGGUUUUCACCUGGAUUUCGGCAGCCAUGCUUUGUUGUCCACCUCUUCUUGGAUACAAAAAGGAAGCAAAUUUCGAUAAAGAAACUUUAAUUUGCAUGCUGGAUUGGGGAACAACAUAUGCUUACACAGCGACAUUAGUUAUUUUAGUACUAGGACCUAGUGUCAUUUCAAUAGUUUACAACUACUUCUACAUAUUCUCUAUGAAAAGAAAGUUGAAUAGUGGUGCUCCAAUCCACGAUAAGGAAUAUGCGACUGCAUUGGCUGAAAACCUCGCAAACCCGAGUCAUUGGAUGAGUUUUAUUCUCGUAACAGCCUUUUGGCUUAGCUGGGCUCCAUACACAGGUGUAAGGCUAUACGAAUACUUCACCGAUCAAGAGCUUAAAAUACCAAUGCUUCACUUCGGUGUAGUAUGGCUCGGUAUCUUAAAUUCUUUCUGGAAAAUUGUUAUCCUCAUAUCUUUUAGCCCUCAAUUUCGACUUGCAUUGAGAAUAUUGUGCUUGACAGCUUGUUGCCGCACGAAAGGUCGCUUGCAAGCUGAGCUGAUUGGCAUGGACAAUGAUGAUUAA